AUGUCUAAUUUCCAGAAGCCAGAGAAGGAUUUCGGUGAAGGUCCAAAAACCCACAAGAUCCGAAUCACCCUCACCAGCCGAAAGGUCGCAUCGCUCGAGAAAGUCUGCAGUGAACUGUUAGAGCGUGCCAAGACCAAGAACUUGACGGUCAAGGGACCGGUUAGGUUGCCUACUAAGGUGUUGAAGGUCACCACCCGAAAGACUCCUUGCGGUGAAGGUUCAAAGACAUGGGACAUGUACGAGAUGAGAAUCCACAAGAGACUGAUCGAUCUGAACGCUCCUACCGAGGCCGUCAAGCAGAUCAUCAUCAACAUCGAGGCUGGUGUCGAGGUUGAGGUCACUAUUGCUGCAUAA